GGAAGUUGUGAAAUGAGGGAUUCCCUGUAACACUGAGAUUCUCCUAGCCAUUAAGCCAAUUAGCUCCUGGGACCCAGGCAGGAGAGCUUCUCUAACAAACACUGACCCUUGUCAAUCUCCUACAGAUAGCAAGGCAGCACAGGGACCUGUCCUAAUACUGAGCAGCCUAUUGCACAACCCCUCUAGCUGCAGGGCCAUACCCCAGCCCUAAUACAGAGCUCUCUGUACACACAUUGCCCUCCCACCCCACUAGAAGACACAGGGGGCAAUCAUCCUCCCAAAACACAGGACCCCUUCAAACCCAGUGUAAACCCUGAUGUAGAUCAUACCAUGCCCUGUGUGGUAAACAGAAUAGUGGGGUCUCAGAUUGAGGGUGUAGUGUAUAUAACCCCGACACUACAAGCCUUUUUAUCCCACCCAGGGUUCCCUAGAUUCCUGUGGCUCUCAGAAGACAAAUAAGAAAUAUCCGCUUGAUCCAGAAGACAACUAGGGAACAGAAUCUGUGGUGGACUCAUGAAAUAUCCUCAGAUCAAAAAGUUAAUUCAAUGUCUUGUUUGGAUUGUUCCUGCUUGAGAGGGACACCUGUCAAAUCAAUAAAUCAAGAUAAGGAGUCUACCUCCAGCAUAUAUUCUCACUGGGCAGGUGAACUGCCGCAGUGUUGGAGUCCUCCUGUGCCAGGAGAACAUGAAAUGCCAGUACGCUGCUCUGAAGCUUCCAGCUAUGAACUGCAAGAGGAACUUGGUAAAGGUUUUGGCAAUUUAACCACUGUCUACCUCGCUCGUCACACUCCAAGUGGAACACUUAUCACUGCGCGACUCACCGACCUGGAGAGCUGCUCUGAUGAACGCCUGGCUGCCUUACAGAAUGAGGUGGUUAUGGCGCCAUUGCUUUGCCACCCUAACGUUAUGACCUCUUGGAAGAUAUUUACUUCUGGGACCUGGCUUUGGGUUAUUAGUCCUUUCAUGGCAUACAGUUCUGCUAGUAGCCUGCUGAAGACCUAUUACCCUGAUGGUAUGAGUGAAGCUAUACUAGCACACAUCUUGUAUGGGGCAUUAAAAGGAUUAAAUUAUCUCCACCAAAACGGAUGCAUUCAUAGGAAUGUUAAAGGAAGCCAUAUCCUGAUAUCAGAAGAAGGUCUUGUAUCUCUUUCUGGCCUUAGUCGUCUAUACAGUCUGAUAAGAAGGGGAAAAAAGGCUAAGGUGGUAUAUGAUUUUCCAAAUUUCAGCACUGCAAUGCUUCCUUGGUUUGCUCCAGAACUACUGAGGCAGGACCUCUUUGGGUACAAUGUGAAAUCCGAUAUCUACAGCCUUGGCAUCACUGCCUGUGAAUUGGCUACUGGCCGUGUACCAUUCAUGGACAUGCACCGCACUCAGAUGCUGCUGCAAAAAUUGAAAGGCCCGCCGCACAGUCUUCUGUAUGGUAACACGUUUGCCUGUGAAGAGUCUCCGAUGAAAAUUUCCCGUUCAGGAGUAGAUUCAGGAAUUGGGGAGAGUGUGGUUGCUGCAAGCAUGACUCAAACAAUGACAAGUGAAAGACUAAGAACCCCCUCUCCAAAAACAUUUUCAUCAGCCCUACAGAAUUUUGUUGAAAUUUGUCUUCAACAGGAUCCUGAAAAAAGGCCUUCGGCAAGUACUUUGCUGUCUCACGCUUUCUUCAAACCAGUAAGAGAACAAACACAUGGCACAGUGGUACAGCUGCUGCCAUCUCUGGCACAGCACAAAAUUCAGCGCUCGGUCGAACCUUCGGUGAACUGGAAUAAACAAUACGGCUCGAUUCAAUAUGAGCACAGAGAAUGGACGUUUGAAUAAUACUGUUUACAUAUUUUUUCCUUUUUUUUUUUUUCUUUUCCCAUGUUUAUAAAAUAGUGAACUGUGAAACGAUUUCAACUUCUGCCUGAUGAGAUAUAUAUGUGUGUAAGUAAUAUACAUACACCAGCCAUGCUAUAUGCCUGAACAGAGCAUAAUGUGAAUAUGCAAGGAUUGCACUACUGAUCUUCAAAGCUUCAGUGAGCAGAGAAUAACACUAUUUAACAUGAUGUGACCUGUUGUUGCAUUUGACUGCUAUUGUAAAAACUGUGAUCCUGAACGCCGCAUAGUUGUUGUUUUUUUAUUUUAUUUAUUUUUUAUUAUUACCGGUUUUAUGAAUUUUAGGUAAAGAAAUAUCCUAGCACAACCUACGUGUGAUUUUAUAAUGGAAAACAAGUUACGUCUACCUUGAUGACCUCAGCCACUCCAUUGCUUUCUCACAGGAAAGCAUUGUGAGGCUAGCGCGCAUGCAUGGAAAACCGCGCUGCGCCAAUCAGAUGGUCACUAUCAAUUUGACAGCCAAUUAAAGGCAUAUAAACCCUGACAGACACUAAAGAAAUUUAAACCUUGCAAUGUAAACAUUGCCGUUCCUGCAGAACAUUAAUGUUUUACAUUGCAGGGAUAUAACAAGAGAGAUAUGGCACCCAGACCACUUCAUUGAGAUGGUUGUCUGGGUGCUAAUAGUGUCCCUUUAAAUCACAGUUAACAAGGUCUACUCCACAUCAAGAUUGAAGCGAAGUGAAUAGAAAAACAAUGUUUAAGUGCAUUAUCUAUUACUAGUUAGACUCUAAAAGUUCUGUAGUCACUAUUUUUUUUGCCAAUUUAAUUUUCCAAAGAUAUUUAUUGGAUUAUUAUUUUUUUAUAUAACAAGGAGACAAGGUAUCCAAUUACAUUGAGGAUGAGCGUUAACAGAGUUAAUAUAGAAGGUUCUGUUUACUUAUCAGGUCCCAGGUUUCCAGUCUCCACGUGGGGAACAGAAGGGUAACAUGAAAGAAUAUGCAAUAUAACCCUACAAGUGACCCCAAUAGCCUGGUAUUACUGACACUGUUUAAGAGGUACUGUAAUAGUUAUUUUUGUUAUUCAGUAACUAUUUUAGAUCAAUUUAUUUAUUUUUCAUUUGGAUAAACACAUUACCAAAGGCACAGUUACCGCAGUUUAAAGUGGACUGCCAAUCUGAGGCUGAAAUCUGCAAGAAUUCCCAAGUGACAUGACCACUCUGUUCACUUAAGUGAAUAACAUUUUGUUAAACUCUGUCUAGACUCUAUACCAGGCAUAGGCAACCUUCUGCACUCCAGAUGUUUUGGACUACACCUCCCUUGAUGCUUUGCCAGCAUUAUGGGUGUAAGAGUAUUAUGAAGGAUGUAGUCCACAACAUCUGGAGUGCCGAAGGUUGCCUAUCCCUGCUCUAUACCAUCUGCUCUCAGAAUUUCCCCCUAUUACAGAAAAGCAAAGUCUUCCUAAACUGAGCUCAAAGAAGCUGCUGUUUGAAUGUCCAGAUUCGAUUUAAAGGCACAAUCUAAAUACCAUAACCACUACCGCUCACAGUAGUAAUUCUGGUGCUGGGAUUGCCCAGUGUACUUAGUCAAACUGUUUGCUAAUGGCUUGACUCCUUUCCUGGGGUCUACUUAGUGCUGGUUCCUUCCUCUGACACUGCUAAAAGAUCUUUGCCUGAGCUAAGCCCGUGUGAAGACUUGCACUGAAGUGGCAACAGGGCACUCUUGGCACCAUAAGCACUACAGCACACUGUAGUUGUUGUGGUGUUUGGAGUUUUUCUUUAAAGGGAAACUUCUAGCACCAUAAUGUUUAGAAUUUUGUUUUGCAUUUAUGGUGCACCCUCUCUGUGUGCGUGAGGCUGUUUUUCUUGAGGUUUGACCAAAAAAAUAAAAACAGACUCCCCCCACCAAGUCUCAACCCCAUCUUGCAACAUUGCAUGAUAGAAAUACUUAACCCAUAGAGUACUUGUACAAUAACCUAUACGGAACGUUGCAGUGCUCAGUGUGCCUUUAAGGUUCCUUAAAGAGGCAAGAAGUUAUAGAAAGGGGGCUUGCUUGUUUCUAGUUAGCCUCUGGGAAUACCUUGUUGUAGUGAACAUUCACCCCUGGAACAGAAAUGACAGUUGAGUCAAGUUCAUUUUUGCACCCCUAACCUGUGGUCUAGUCAAGUGCUUUAACCCCUUAAGGACCAAACUUCUGGAAUAAAAGGGAAUCAUGACGUGUCACACACGUCACGUGUCCUUAAGGGGUUAAAUUUGUUCACAUCACUGCACUAUAGACCAGGGUACCCACAGGAAGAAAGGUAUUAUGAGCUUGGGACAGUGUUGCAUGCAUUUAAUGAAAAAGGUAAACAGCCAUUUCUGUUUGUUUCUAAGUUACAUGUGUUUAGGGAUAAACGUGAACUUUUAAAAUGAGAUCUUUUAUAUUAUGACAUCUUUAAAUAUGUGAGUGACUGGUAUGGAAUAUUGAUAUCAUUUUAUUAUUUCUUUCUUGUUGUGAUGGUACUGUGACUAUAUAUAGCUAAGAAAUAUUUUCAUAUAUGUAUAUUUUCAUUGCAACUGCUAGUUUACUGCAUCUUCAAUAUUUUAUAAUUGACGCUGUAAGUGCUUAGAAUUGCCUGUGGCUUUUGAAAUCAAAUUAACGUGUUAUUUUUAUGUGGAUUUUUUUUUUGUGUGUCCACUGAUGCACCCAGUGCCCUGUCCCACUGCAUAUAGUGAGCUGAUCAAUGAGCCAUGAAUAAAAUUCAGGAAGAACGCUUUUAGAAUUGCAGCUGGAUGCAUUCGCAUUUAAAUUGGCAAAAUGUUGAAUUGUGACAAAGGGUGCAUGUUGAACACUUCUUAAAGAAUACACUGCAUGUUUCUCUGUUUUUCAAAUGAGAUGAACUCACCUUUUUGUUCCUGAGAGUAAUCUAGUCACUCUUUACAG